UGUCUAGAUGAGAGAGAGAGCUUGCGCGGCUUUCAUUGAUUUGGUGGUUUUAAAUAGAUGUUUUCACAAGUAUUAAUUGAUUGUUUGUGCCAAUAAAGAUAGAACAAGUUCAAGAAAUGGUCAUCAUAAGCUCCCCGAGUCCCUUCGUUUAUUGGGCUCAAACAGAAAGUAGUGUUUCGUUAAGAAUUGACCUGAAAAAUGUGGAAAGUCCUGACUUUGCAGUUCUAGAAGAUAAAGUGAAGUUUUCUGCUAUCGGCGUAGGUGCACACGGGAAAUGCAAAUAUGAAUUUGGAUUGAAUUUAUAUUCUCCGAUAAAAACUGACACCUCAAAUGAUGAGAAGCCCGCAGUGGUUCGGGUGUUGGAGAACCGAGUGGAUGUGGUCCUGCAGAAGAGGAAGCCAGCUUGGUGGCCCCGGCUCACGGCACAGCCUCAGAAACCCGCCUGGUUAAAGAUAAAUUUCGACUUAUGGAAAUCGGAGGACCCGCAGGAUAGCGAUGAGGAGAGACGCGACAUCAUGAAGGACUAUCCGGGCAUGUACGACAGGCUGCAGAAAGAAGAAAUGGGCUAUCGAAGAGAGGAGACCAUCAAAGUGUACCUGAUAUUCUACAACCUGUUCCAAGUCGUGGGCUACGCUUACAUCCUGAGCGUUAUAGCCACACGCUACGCCAAGCUUGGCUACGCGUCUGUCCCCACCACGUAUGAACACGUCGGCAACACCAUGAAGUUCCUUCAACUCAUACUCUUUCUGGAUAUCAUGCACCCGUUAUUUGGUUACACUAAAGGAGGUGCAUUUAUGCCGUUUUUCCAAAUAAUCGGGCGAAUAAUCACAGUAUUCUUCAACCUCGAAAUCGAACCAAGACUGCAGACAAAACCGGCAGUGUUCUACUUGUUUAUAACGUGGAGCUUGAUCGAGAUGAUGAGAUGUCUCUACUACAUCACACAGCUGUACAAGAAGGAGAUCGGGAUAAUCAAAUGGCUGCGAUAUUCGCUGUGGGUCCCUCUGUACCCUUGCGGCAUCACUUGCGAGUUUGUCCUCAUAUUGAGGAACAUUCCGUACAUAGAAGAGACGAAGAGGCUAACUGUGACGAUGCCCAACGCUUGGAAUUUCACUUUCGACAUGCCAUUCCUCAUGAGAGGGUACUUGAUAAGUCUCAUGGGAGCUGGCGCGAUCCUCAUGAGGUACAUGUACCAUCAACGGAAGCGCCACCUCAGAUCCAGGGUUGUGAUAAGGAAAUGCAAGUAGGAUAGUCUCGCUGUAUGCACUUAUGCUGGAUUUCUAUAUUCAAUCCUAAAUUCCUAAUCCAAAUCCGUCCAACUGUCUUUCAAUAUGUUUUUGGUCAAAGUAUCUACGGUUUUCGAUCUUUUUACAUUUUCAUAUUGUUCAUAAGACUAUUUAAACAAUGUUAAAGUGUAAACGCAUCGAAAAAAAAUUGUGGAUAUUUAGUCUAAAACUGAAUUAAAUUUGACAGUUGAAAUCCGGAUUUGGACAAGGAUUGAAUAUGGGAAACGGGCGCUAGUCAGUUUAUAAUUAUUAUGAGUCAUGAAGAUGUAAUAUA